ACGGCCGCUUCUGAUUGGCGGGGCGCGGGCGCCGGCCCCGCCCCCCUGGCCGCGGCUGCGGGAGAGGCCCGGCCCGGAGUUUGCGGAGGGCCAAGCGGGGCGCGCGCAGGGUGGCGGCGGCGGCGCAGGUUGUAUGCGUGAUCUCUUUGGACUCCCAUAAGCACCUUGAGAAACAGGAAUUCUGCCCAUUUUUUCGGAUGAGAAAACUGAGGCCCCAUCACAUGAAGUGACUUGCCCACGGCCACACAGCUGGAUCAUUCUGGCUGCCGUGUUGACCGGAGACCGUGGAGGGUGAGGGCAGAAGCCGGGAGACUCGGAGGAGGCAACCGCACUAGUGUAGGUCUCCUGAGUGUGCCCCCUGCUUCUCACCGCUCAUGCCGCUGGGACUGGGGCGGCGGAAAAAGGCGCCGCCUCUGGUGGAGAAUGAGGAGGCCGAGCCAGGCCGUGGGGGGCUGGGCGUGGGGGAGCCGGGGCCCCUGGGUGGGGGUGGGGCGGGGGGGCCCCAAAUGGGGUUGCCCCCCCCUCCCCCGGCCCUGCGGCCCCGCCUCGUGUUCCACACCCAGCUGGCCCACGGCAGUCCCACUGGCCGCAUCGAGGGUUUCACCAACGUCAAGGAGCUGUAUGGCAAGAUCGCCGAGGCCUUCCGGCUGCCGGCUGCCGAGGUGAUGUUCUGUACCCUCAACACCCACAAAGUGGACAUGGACAAACUCUUGGGGGGCCAGAUCGGGCUGGAGGACUUCAUCUUCGCCCACAUCAAGGGGCAGCGCAAGGAGGUAGAGGUGUUCAAGUCCGAGGAGGCGCUGGGACUCACCAUUACUGACAACGGGGCCGGCUAUGCCUUCAUCAAGCGCAUUAAGGAGGGAAGCGUGAUCGACCACAUCCAGCUCAUCAGCGUGGGGGACAUGAUUGAGGCCAUCAACGGGCAGAGCCUGCUGGGCUGCCGCCACUACGAGGUGGCCCGUCUGCUCAAGGAGUUACCCCGAGGCCGCACCUUCACGCUGAAGCUCACAGAGCCCCGCAAAGCUUUUGACAUGAUCAGCGUACGCUCAGGGGGUGGCCGCCCUGGCUCUGGCCCCCAGCUGGGCACUGGCCGAGGGACCCUCCGGCUCAGAUCCCGCGGCCCCGCCACAGUAGAGGAUGUGCCCUCAGCCUUUGAGGAGAAGGCCAUUGAGAAGGUAGAUGACCUUCUGGAGAGUUACAUGGGCAUCCGGGACACGGAGUUGGCGGCCACCAUGGUGGAGCUCGGAAAGGACAAGAGGAACCCGGAUGAGCUGGCGGAGGCCCUGGACGAACGGCUCGGUGACUUUGCCUUCCCUGAUGAGUUUGUCUUUGACGUCUGGGGUGCCAUUGGGGAUGCCAAGGUCGGCCGCUUCUAGGCCUCCCUCCAGACCUCUCAGUGACCUGGCUCCGCUUGGUGGGAGCCCCCUAUGGGAGGGACACCGUGGCCUGGACCCCCAGCAUCCGGCUUGGACCUGGCUCAGCAGCCCGAGGAUGAUGCAGAGUGGAGGUGGGGCCAGGCCCCUGCCCCACUCCAAUCGGUACCACCCCUCCCCAGCUCCUGCCCUGGGUGGGGUCCCCGGUCCCCCCUUGCCCUGUUCCCCACCUACCUCAGCCGGGCCGGGCGCGGGGAGGGACCAGCCAGAUUGGGCGUCCACCCCCGCCCGCAACACUUUCCGCAUCAGCUGCCAAACUGGUCCCUCUGUCUCCCUGGGGCCUGUUUUGGGGGUCGUGACCUCCCUAGUUUCCUGCUGCAGGGAAUGCAGAAGGGGGGCAUCCCCCCUCAGCAAAUGCAAUAACGCCCUCCCCCUCCGCGCCCCUCCCCCAGAGGAACCCCCUCGCUGUGGAGUCUGUUACCUCUGCAUUUGAAAUACUAGUCUGCUGUGAACCCCCCAACCUCCCUCCCUCCCCUGCCCCCUGUGUCUCCCUCAGCCCAGCCCCGGACAGAAGGGGCAGGAGGGAGGAUGGCGGGGGGCUUUUGUAUCUGAAUUUGCUGUCUUGAACAUAAAGAAUCUAUCUGCCGUUGGA